GAAAUCAGCAUGGAGACACAGUUCAUCUAUGACCUUUUAGGGGAAAAUGCUUGGUUGUACGUCAGCGCCACCUUUGCAGUGUUGUGGAUUCUUGUGUGGCUGUACAGAGACAACCUGGAGAUCGACGAGAUCAACGACAAGUACGUCUUUGUGAGCGGCUGCGACUCCGGGUUUGGAAACUUGCUGUGUAAGAAGCUCGAUCGAAAAGGUUUCAGAGUGCUGGCCGGCUGUCUCACGGAGAAGGGAGCUGAUGAUCUGAGGAGGGUGACGGGCCCCUGUCUGAAGACUGUCCUCCUGGAUGUGACCAAUCAGGACAGCAUCCAGAAAGCCAUGGAGUUUACCAAGAAGGAGGUUGGGGAUAAGGGACUGUGGGGUAUCGUGAACAACGCUGGACGUGCACUGCCAAUGGGCCCUUCAGAGUGGAUGAGAGUGGAAGAUUUCCACAGCACGUUGAAAGUCAACAUGAACGGAGUGAUCGGCAUGACGAUGACUUUCCUGCCCCUCAUUAAAAAGGCUCGUGGACGCAUCGUAAAUGUGGCGUCAGUGCUCGGCAGAGUGGCUGCAAACGGUGGAGGAUACUGCAUCUCCAAGUUUGCAGUGGAGUCUUUCUCCGACUGCCUCAGGAGAGAUAUAAACUACUUUGGAAUCAAUGUGUGCAUCAUCGAGCCGGGGUUCUUUAAGACGGCUGUGACGAGCCUCGACCCCCUCGAGAGGGAGCUGCAUCGCUUGUGGAACCAGCUCAGCCCUGAAGUACAAGCCAGCUACGGAGACAAGUACCUGGAUAAGUACAUCAAGGUCCAGCGUUUGAUCAUGAAUGCUAUCUGCGACUCUGACCUCACCAAGGUGACCAGCUGCAUGGAGCACGCUCUGACAAGUGCUCACCCCCGCACCAGGUACAGCGCUGGCUGGGAUGCCAAGCUUCUCUGGAUCCCCCUCUCUUACAUGCCUUCCUGUGUCAUUGAUAUUGGACUGAAGCUGGUUCUGCCUCGUCCUGCAAAGAGCGUGUAA